AAUAUUAUGUAAAAUGAAUUCUAAUUUUAAUUUGAAUGUAUGAUUUCGAUAUAUCGCGAAAUGUAUCACGUGACUUAUUCUCCAGCCAAUUAGCUUCUUUUAAAUAGUAUCUUGUAUACUAUUUGAAAGGUAACAUUGUUGUGUGUGAUGUAAUUAAACAAUAUUUGAUAAUAAUAGCGUUAAGCAAGAAUCUUUCAAAGAAAAUAUGGACUUGGAUAUUUCUUAUAUUGAACCUUUACUUGAUGAUUGGCUAGAAGAACUUCAAUUAAUCAUUAAAGCACAAGAAAGUUUGAUCAAAGCUGAAGACGAAUUUUACAUGCCAUUUGUAGCUAUACCAAUUUCAAUCAUCAAUGCAAUAUUUAAAAUAACAGAAUAUCUCCAUUUGGGGCCAGAUACUAGAUACAUUGCUAUUCACUUAUAUGAUAAAUUUAUGUGUAGCUAUUUUUGGGAAGUGUAUAGAAAUGCUGAUCAAACAGAAAGUUCUUGGUCUCAAGUUUGUAAAAAAGUGACAAGUCAAUCAAAAUUAUACCUCAUGUCUUGUUUGCAAUUAGCAAAUAAAAUGGAUUCACAUUUCAACAAGUUAAGAAUAUCGCAAAUACUUGGUAUCUUACGAUGUAUAGACAAAAAAUCUGAAUACACACCCGAUGUAAUUUUUCUAUCAGAAUAUAAGGUAUUUAAGACUGUUGGAUUCAGAAUGCCAUUUUACACUCCGUUAAAUUGCGUAGAAAUUCUUUUAGCUGCAACUGGACUCAAGGAUACUCCAAAUAUGCAAGAACUUACUAUAAAUUUAUUGGAUCUAAUUUAUCUGCGGGUUUGAAUUUUAUUAAUAGAUAUUUGUAAGACAUUAGUGAUAUGUUAUAAAUGACAUUAGCAUGAUUAAUGAAGCAGAUAUAUAUGGUUAUAGAGGAAGGAAAUAUAUUAUCAUUUGCAAUGUUUGUUGCACGAA